AUGGCAACCCCCGAGUUGGCCAUUGCAAAAGCAGCCCUCUCAGCAUCCCUCUUCCGCGCCGACCCCAUCUCCAUAAGCCGCCCCUCAGUCGACACCUUCAUCCAACAACUCUCCUCGACACUAACGCAGUGCUCCCGCCCCAAUGUCCAGAACUGCAAAGACUACAUCCUCAGCAACAUAGUCCACUCGACGGGCCGCAGUGCCUCUCUUGCGAAAUAUCUCGUUGCCCUGUCAAAGGCACAAGUCGACGCCUCAAAACCAAGCACAAAGCGCCGACGCCUGCAUAUUCUAUACAUAAUCAACGAUGUGCUGCAUCAUGUUGCGCGCCAGGAGGAGACGGAAUUUACCGCCAGCGUAGACGCAUAUCUCCCUCCGUUGAUAAGCUCCGCCGCCUCGUUUGACAACUGCCCCAAACAUAUUAAGAAACUACACGAUCUUAUAUCCAUAUGGGCAUCAAAGUCAUACGUUCCGGAUGCCACACUCCCGAAACUGAAAGAAGCUCUCGCCGGGGCUUCUACAUCUGCUCCAGAACCGACAACCUCGUCUUUCAAACUCGCCAAAGACGCGCCGUUUAUACUGCCGUCUUUCCAUGGCGAUCCAUCCACAGCAUGGUACGACCUGCCCGCCGCAACAUGGCUACCUCACUUGGUGCCCAACUCCACGAAACCUAUGCUCCCGGACCUCAUUCGACCAAUUCAACUCGCACCAGGACCAGCAGAUAAGAUUCUCACGACGGCUGUAAAGGCCCUCUUGUCCGAUGCAGACAGAUUAUUCUCCAAGGAUAAGGGGCUAGAUGACGACCCGCACAUCGACAUAAACGAGCUAGGAGAAAGGAUUACCCUCGACGAAAUCACAGGCGACAUCGUCAGCGGCGAGACAUACUACGGCUGGUCCCGACAAUUCUGCCAACGAAUGAAGGACCGCAGAAAGACCAAGCAAAGAGGUCGAUCCAUGUCACGAUCCUCAGACGGGAAUUACUCACACGGACGCUCCUCAUCCCGCUCAUAUAAACGACGACGCACAUCAAGGAGUCGCAGUCGCAGUCGCAGUCGCAGUCGCAGAAGCUACACACCACGAUCACGCUCACGCUCACGUAGCCGCAGCCGUAGCCGCAGCCGCAGACGACCCUACAGUCCUUCUCGUUCACGUUCACGGUCCCCUCGCCGUAGAACACCUCGCUCACCAUCCCCUCAACUUCAGCCAUCCGUUCCAAACAUGCCUUUUAUGCCCAUUCCACCUCCACCAGCUGGCUACACAGGGCCGUGGCCUCCUCCCCCUCCUCCACCACUGCCCAGCGGUCCUCCGCAAGGCUGGGUGCCGGAUCCUGCACUCGCAGCUCAGAUGAUGGGUGCUUGGAACGGCCAGGUUCCGCCGCCGCCUCCACAGAUGCAAGGGCAAUAUAAUAAUAACUAUAAUCAACGAGGGGGGUACGAUGGCUUUAGGGGACGGGGGAGAGGAUAUUAUCGUGGAGGGAGGGGAUACAACAGAGGGAGAUGA